UUCAACGCGGAAGCUGAUGAGCAACAAACGCGUCCUCAUGUUUUCUCAGUAAUUCAUUCUAACGUUAUACUUUGCGAUUUUAUUUGAGCGCAUUUCGGCAAGUCAGCGUUAUGCCACAGACUUCAUCUUGAAGAUGCGUAAAACGUUUAGUAGAGGGUUACAGAAGUUUUCUAAUUUCGUGUCAGCGUUAGAGUUUACAAGUGGGAUAGCGCUAGUAGUCGUUGUGUCUUGUGCCCUGAGCAUCGUCGCGAAUUACCUGAACAUUUCACCUGAUUUCUUGAGCCUUGAGUCCAGCCUGCUUCUCAGCGGCCACAUCCACAGACUCCUCACCUACAGCUUCUACCAUAAAGAUGUGGGACACCUCUUCAUCAGCGUGGCUUUGCUGGUAUUCUUCUGCAGUGGGUUAGAGAAUGGACUUGGUACCGUGCGAUUCUUGCACCAAGUGCUCCUUCUUUCCACCUUUGUGGGCAUGGAGCACGUACUUCUGGAGCUGAUGCUUUUCUCUCCAUCCACGAGGAGCUCCGUCUCGGGCCUGAUCCCAACAUCUCUCGCUGUGCUCGGCAUGGUGACCAUCGGCUCCCGUAUGCGGAAGGCACACCUGCUAGGCGUCAGUGUUCCCACCGCAACUCUUCCUUGGAUACUACUGCUGUUUGUCACACUGCUUACUCCCAACACUGUGUUCCUCUGCAACGUUCUGGCUGUAGUCACAGGGGAGAUGUGUGGCAUGAGAUGGUUUUCAAUGUUGGAGAUGUCUGAGGCUAAAGCUUGUGUGCUUGAGAAGAAAAUGCCAUUCCGGUGGCUGAAGAAGAUGGCAGGUGUAAAGUAUAUCCCCGCGUCAGCGGAGGAGAGAAAAAAGGAUCUUCACACCAUAUGCAGCCCACCACCAGGGUCAUAUCCUGUUCAGGCCUAUGCUCCAGCAUCUGCGUCAGCUCCUCAAGCUGCAGGAAGCCUGCCUAGCAGUCUGGAGGGUUGGCCACAUUCAGCCUACAUCCAGCAGAAUUACAUGGUGCCUUCAGCAUACUCUGAGUAUGCCUUUGGACCUGGCUUUGGAACCAGCCAUGGACAUGGCCAUGGUCAUUGCCAUCAUCAUCAUCAGUCAGCACCACAGGCCAGAGGUUUGUGGAUGCCCACGGCUCCUUAUGUUCAUUCCCAUUUCAGAACUCCUGUGAAUGUAAGUGGUCAGACUUUUGUUAACCCAACAGAGGCAGCAACACAAGCUACAGGUCAAGCUCCGGUCACAGAAUCUCUGGCUAACACUGCUAUGGUGCAUCCUGUGCUGUCCAUUGAAGGCCACUGAAACUUUACCAAAGGAAUGAGUAUCAUUUAAGGGCUCAGUCCAUUCAAAAACUAUUAUUGUGAUACAGUGACCGAUAAAGGCUUUGGUCAAUAGAACCACUUUAUAUACACACACACACACACACACUUUUAUGCAUUUUGUCAUAUACUUUAAAAAGUUCUGAACAAAAGGAUUUAAUAGUUUUCUUUUAUGUGUUUCAGAUAGUUAGCCAAGAACAGUCCUUGUUGUAUUUGAAGUGUAUGAAAUUAAGGUUAGCAACUUUUGAUAUUAUUGUUGCUAAGAUCUUGUUCUCAAGAUUUGAAAAAAGCUUGACGUGUCAUUAGUGAAACUUAGUUACAGAAUGACUAAUGCUAUACUAUUGUAUUCUGUAAACCAGUGUUUCACAAGAGUAGGAGAGAGUUAGAAGGGACUGUAGCUGUGAAAGGGUGUUUGUCUUUUUCUUUCUCUGUGUUUGUAAUGUAUACUGUAGUAUGUCGUGAUAUUUUGUUCUGAAUGUUAGAAGAUAUGCAGUGAAGACGUGACACUAUGACUUUAAAUAUUUUGAGUUUAUUAUGUUAAGGUUCUAAAUAAAACUAUUCAAAAUAUACAUUUAGGAGAAUUUUCCUAAAUUUUCCUGUAAGGAGCAAUAUACUAAGUGUAUACUAAGUAAUUAUCAGUUGUGCUCAUUUAACAGACCAAGUAACCACGUCCCAGCCGACACCCAGUCAAAACACUCACUGAUCACUUUCAUGCUCAAUCACUAAAUUACUGAUGAUUAAAUACACCUGUUCUUGUUAUUAUCUUCACCUUAUUUAAACCCUACAGGUGCCAAAGUCCAGCACUUUGCAUUAGUCUUGCUUUGGGACUACAGUGAGCCCACCUCCAGUGUUUGCUGGACUUCUUGCUGUUUCUUGUUAGCGUUCCUGUUUUGUUUGGCGGGCAUGUGCUGUUUGUUUUUGUCCAUGUUUCCACACUGAUGCAUUUCUGAUAAUGUCCAUACUCCUUAUGUUCCUCACCUGUGCCUUGUUUAGGGCAUAUUAAUACUUCUCAUGAUUCAUUUAGUGGUUGAUUUAAGUUAAUGGAGGUUUUUGUGUCCAGUCCCAUCUUUUCCUAUCCUUUCUUGUUUUCUACAUCAUGUUCGUAAGUAAAGUUUAUUUAUAGAGUACAUUUGAUUACAUAGUUAAGAAUAGAAG